CCCCCCCCUUCCCGGUACCGGUACCCGUCCGGCACCGCCGGCCCGGCCCGUGUCCCCCCGGUGCCGGUGGAUGGAGCUGAGCUGUGCCAUGGCGGGCAGCGCCGCCGCCCCGCCGGGCCCCGGGCCCCCCCCCGCCACCGCCGCCGGGCUGGCGGAGGGCGAGGAGUACGAGAGCCUGCCCAGCAGCGUCGCGCUCGGCACGCACAUGGUGGCCGGGGCCGUGGCGGGGAUCAUGGAGCACACGGUCAUGUACCCCGUGGACUCUGUCAAGACACGGAUGCAGAGCCUGCAGCCCGACCCCAGAGCCCGCUACAGGAGCGUGUACGAAGCUCUCAAGAAGAUGGUGCUGACCGAGGGGCUCUGGAGGCCUUUACGUGGGAUUAAUGUCACCAUGCUGGGGGCUGGCCCUGCCCACGCCUUGUACUUUGCCUGCUACGAGAAAAUGAAAAAGUCUCUCAGUGAUACUUUCCAGCCGGGAAGAAACAGCCACUUGGCCAAUGGCAUCGCUGGGAGCGUGGCCACGCUGCUCCACGACGCCGUGAUGAAUCCAGCUGAAGCGUCCCUGUCCCCACGGCUGUCCCGGGCAGUGGUGAAGCAGCGGCUGCAGAUGUUCAACUCUCCGUACACGUCGGUGCUGGGCUGCGUGCGGACAGUGCACAGGACGGAGGGCUUCGGAGCCUUCUACCGCAGCUACACCACGCAGCUGACCAUGAACGUGCCCUUCCAGGCCAUCCACUUCAUCACCUACGAGCUCCUGCAGGAGCACCUCAACCCUCACCGCCAGUACAACCCCCGCUCCCACAUCGUGGCCGGUGCCGUGGCCGGAGCCGUGGCCGCCGCAGCCACCACGCCGCUGGACGUGUGCAAGACGCUGCUCAACACGCAGGAGAACACAGCCCUGAGCUCCCUCAACAUCCGGGGGCACCUGUCGGGCAUGGCCAAUGCCUUUGGCACCGUUUACCAGCUGGGAGGCCUCCCCGGCUUCUUCAAGGGCGUCCAAGCUCGGGUCAUUUACCAGAUGCCUUCCACGGCCAUCUCCUGGUCCGUGUACGAGUUCUUCAAGUACUUCCUCACCAAGCGCGCGCUGGAGAGAAAGCCGGGCUCGUGAGCGAGGAGCGGGAAUCUCUUGUGCCCCCUCUCAGCCAGCCCAUGGAAUGCUGCUGGCUUCUCCUCUCCCUGCCUGGCCAUUCCCAGUCACUGAGUGUGCUCAGGGAAUCCCGGAAUU